AUGGGUAAUGACCUGAAAAGCCAGCUAUCUAGAGAGAGUCAUAUAUUUGGACUCAAAGUUUGGGAAGUAAUUGGAAUAGCGGUUGCAUUGCUCAUCAUAGCCAUACUCUCUGUUCUUUCGUAUUGUCUUACAUCGAAAAAGAAAUCAAGAAGAUCGAAAACCGGUCUUCCGAUUACUCAAAUCCCUCAAGUCUCCAAGGAGAUCAAAGAAGUGAGAGUUGAGCAUGUCUCAGCGAGUAACUUUGCUCCUCGUGAAGGCAUUCUUCUCACAAUUCAAGACAAAAACAACAAAGAUUCAGACAAAGUCUUGGUUCAUUUAGAUAUAGGCAAGAAGCGAAAGAACAAGGGUGGAAGUAGUUGCAGCCGGUCAGGCUCAUUUCAUCAUUUAGAGAUCAUAGAUAAACAUUCCGAGUCAGGUGAAGAAGUUUCCGUAAAUCAACCUUCUUCAUCAUCAUUGUAUAACAUUGCAACGCCAUCUCCAUUGUCUGGUUUGCCUGAGUCGCAUCUUGGUUGGGGACACUGGUUUACAUUGAGAGAUCUUGAAAUAGCAACUAACAGAUUCUCAAAGGAGAAUGUUAUCGGUGAAGGUGGUUACGGAGUUGUUUACAGAGGAGAGUUGAUAAAUGGAACUCCUGUUGCAGUUAAAAAGAUUCUUA